CCAACGACGCAGACAGCCACACCAGCUUCACAAGGCGCAGGAGUGGCUAUGGACAAGACAGAAAAUGCUAGUGCGAAUAUGGAGGUCAGCGAGGCGGGAGGUUCUGGACAGAAUUCAGUGAAGGAGCAUGGAUUGCAGAUGUGGCAGACAGUGAAGGAAGCGGUGAAUAAAGAGGGAUUCAUAUGCUCUCCUGCAUUUAUGCGCUUGCCCUCCAAGCGCCAUUACCCUGACUACUACCAGGUCAUCCACCACCCCAUAUGCUUGGACGACAUAAAGAAAAAACUCGAAGAUGGCCUCUACAACUCUCUUGAGGCGGUAAAAUUAGAUUUUGAACUUUGCUUCAACAAUGCAAAAGAUUACAACAUGAAGAAUAGCCUCAUCUGGAAGGACGCCAAGUUUUUGCACAAACAAAUUCUCAAAGAAUAUGCAAAAUUAACUGGCAGGAAGGAUUCCGCAGUGAAUGGAAAGAAUAUCGACGAUGAUGGCGACGACAAGGGAC